ACUCCGGUGCAGUAGGUGGCGACAUGCACCUUUCGUGCUGGUUUGUAACCCGCUAUUAAACGAAGAAGAGGUAUUUCAAGCAGGUGUGAAAUUUCGGAAGUCAUUGAAUCGGACAGGAUCAUAUACAACAAUGUUUCUUGUAAAUAUCCCGCGUAAAUUACGACCCAGCGUUGUUUCCCAGUUGUUCAGUUACAUUCACAUUACGGCCGCGCAACACGGCGCGCCGUCUCCCGUGGCUUGUUUCCGCGGAGCUAGCGGGAAACAGCUACAUGCUGUCAGAAGGUCGUUCCUCAAUCUAAACAACAAGGUGCAGUCCCACUGUCCGUCCACCCGUUUCCUCUCUGCACAGACCCACUCCGAGAAUGGGAACCUCAUUUACACUGGCAGCCUGGGCAGCGCUGUUCGAGGGGUAAAGAUGUUCUCUUACAGCACCAGCGGCGCCAGCCUCUUCCUCAUGCCCCACAUCCUCCUGAAGACCGGACUAGGAGUCCAGAGCUUCGCCUUGCAGGCUGCUUUCUGUGGAGUCAUCGGCUUCUUCACCUUCCUCACCCCUGUCCUCCUCCACCUGAUUACCAAGGGCUAUGUGGUCCGUCUGUAUCAUAAUCCAGACAGAGACACGUACACUGCCUUCACCUACAGUGUCUUCCUCACAGAAAAAAAGAGCGUGUUCCACCAGAGCCAGGUCAGGAUCCCAGCCGUCAGCAAGAUGUUCACCACCCUCUACGUUGACAACACGGGGCUGCUCGUAAACCCGGACCUGUUCACCACCCCACACGACUACAAUCACCUGAUGGGCUACGAUAGGCCCUUCAGCUUCGACACAGAUGACAUGCAAAGACCUGAUAAGAGCUGAUAGACUGACUGCAAACAGGUUGAAUGUAGUGUUAUAUGAAUUACAUCUACAGCUCCGAACUGCACAGUACAUACACUCUGUUUCAACCAGGUUGGAACAUCAACCAAGGAUUUGGCAACCGAAAUAAUUUCUAGAUUACAAUUUUUUUGUCAAUAUUUUGAUGGAUGUUCAUUAUCAUGACCUGUUAUCUGUUUGAAACGGUUUCCUUUUGUUGGCAUCAUGGUUGGUGUCAUGACUAAAGAAUAGGUAGCUUGGUUUUAACAGUGCUCGUUUGCCAGUACCUCUACUUGAAGUGAGCUGAGCAGGGUGGGGGAGGUUGUUGGGGGAGGCUGAUCAUAUCCUGAUAAAAGAAUUAGUAAAGAAUUUUACGAAUCUGAGCAAGCAUACCAUGUCAGCUUUGCUUUCAAUACAUGGAUUCACAUAUUUUGAUCGGUAUCAGAAACCGUACUGAGGUCCAGCUCCAUGUCUCAGCAGAUUAUGGUUUGAUGUUUGCAGGUUUUUAAUUUAUUAAGUAACUGUCAUGACAUUAUCAACAGGAAGGAUCUUGGAGUUAAUAUUGACAAGAUUUUUUUGUCAGUAACUAAUAAAUUGAAAAAAUAUGAAAUAUGAUUGAAACAUAUAAUGAUAUAUGAAGAGUGAUUUGUUUAGCUGAAUAAAACUGAACCAGCCAGAGUCAUCGAUAUCAGUGUUCAGAAGAUGAAGAACAAAUGUUAUUGUAUGAAUCUGCAAAUCAAGGUUGGCUGGUAUUGAAAAGGUGAACCCAGCCAAUAGUUCUCUUUAUUGUACAAGUGGAUUUAACUCACGGACUCAAACACUGUCACCAAAUGAUUCCAACAUUUCAUAUCAACAUGCACAGUGGCCAGGUGGUGAUUACGAGGAAUGGCAGGAUAAUCUUUAUGCAAACAAAACUAAAACAAGACUAAACCUAGUAUGUGGCUGGACCGCCCUUUAUCUGUUUGCUUCUCUCCUCUUCUCUGUGCUCACGUAUACAGUGUUCUAAUACAAGCGAAAUUCCCAAUAAAGCUGUUCUCAUUUAAA